AUGGGACACUAUACGCGACACAGUUGCCUCUUGGCCUUAGUCUUGUGCCUGGUAUUCAACACACAGCAUCUCUCGGUUCACGGCGAUGCCUCACACAUUGAAUCCGCCGCACUGCCACUGGAACACAGAGCGGGCUACGGACCGCCCGCGCCAUCGCCCAUUUAUGGCGCACCACAAGGCCCGCUGAGCACUGGCGCCACCAACGAUCUGUCCGAGGAGGCCUGGCCGCUGGCCAGCACCAAUGACAGUCCACAGAUCAAGCAUCUGCAGGUGCAGUGCGAGAAGACGCACAUGCGGGUGAACAUUGAAUUCGAUAGGCCCUUCUAUGGCAUGAUCUUCUCCAAGGGCUUCUACAGCGAAUCCCACUGCGUGCACAUGCAGCCGGGCACUGGCCAUUUGAGCGCCACCUUUGAGAUCUUCCUGAACAGUUGCGGCAUGAGCAGCUCGGCCAAUCAUAAUGCGGCUGGUUAUGGUGCACCGACGCCCUCUGGUAGCUAUGUGGAGAACACGAUCAUUAUUCAGUACGAUCCGUAUGUGCAGGAGGUGUGGGAUCAGGCACGCAAGCUGCGCUGCACCUGGUACGACUUCUACGAGAAGGCUGUCACCUUCAGGCCCUUCCAGGUGGACAUGUUGCAUGCGGUAACAGCGAACUUUUUGGGCGAUAAUCUUCAGUGCUGGAUGCAGAUUCAGGUCGGCAAGGGCCCAUGGGCCUCUGAGGUUUCGGGCAUUGUGAAGAUCGGACAGACCAUGACCAUGGUGUUGGCCAUCAAGGAUGAUGAAAACAAGUUCGAUAUGCUGGUGCGCAACUGUGUCGCCCAUGAUGGCAAACGUGCUCCCAUUCAGCUGGUGGAUCAAAACGGCUGCGUUGUCCGACCCAAGAUCAUGAGCAAAUUCCAAAAGAUCAAGAACUUUGGUCCUUCUGCAUCGGUGGUCAGCUUUGCUUACUUCCAGGCCUUCAAAUUCCCCGACUCGAUGAACGUGCACUUCCAGUGUGUGAUCCAGGUGUGCCGAUACAAUUGCCCAGAGCCCAAGUGCGGUCCCGGCCUGCCUGGCGGUGAAUAUGGACUGCCCCAAAUAGGCGGCAAUGCGCUCUCCGAGGAAUACGGUCCACCAGAGGCCUACGAACGCAAUGAUUUCCCAUUGGGUGGCCUCCCACCAGCAGCUUACCCCGAUCCACGUCAUCCUGCUGAUGCUAGCGGCGCCUACUCCGAGAAUCAGCCCGAUGUCGUGCCCUCGCCACAGGCGCAAACCUCAGCCGUAACGACAGCCGAGUCGGGAGCUAAUGCGGGCAGCGGUCCGGCCAGUUCACAGGCGCCACAACAGCAGCAGGGCAAUGGCAACAGCAACGAACUGGGUCUGCCGCCACCACCACUGCCUGGCCAGCCCGGUCAGUAUAGCACCGUGAAGCGCAAGGAUGACCUGAGCGCUGGUGGCAAUCUGGUUUCGCUGGGCGGCCGUCCACGCUCCGUCGAGGGUCUGGAUGAUUUGCGCGGCGUGCGCCGGCGUCGCGACACCAUGGAGAUUGUGGUGAAGCCGCGCAUCUACAAACGCAACGCACAGGAAAUGACCGACGUGAACACGAGUCGCAUCAUACAGGUGGUGGCGCCCGGCGAUGUCAACUUUGCGCUGAAUAGCAAUGCCAGCAACGAGACGGUUGUCAUACAGUCGGCGCGCUCCGCCGAUGCCGAGACCAUUUGCAUGUCCGUGCCCAGCUUCGUGGGCGGCCUGGUGAUGCUGCUGCUCGUCCUCGCUGUGGCUUCUCUAGUCGCCGCCUUCCUCUUUGUGCGCGUGCGCCACUUCGAUCGCAAGGGCGCGGGCAUGGCCUAUGUCAACUAAGUAGAAGGCAACUCACACACACGCGCACACACACACACUAGGUAUCCACGG